UGCUUUUGUUUUAUUUGUGUAUCUGCUUAACAAUGUCUCUGUUUGGUUGAGGGCGAAAAUUUUGCAGAAUAAUUCUAUAAUCAUGUGGAAGAAUUGAUUCUUUUAUUCGGUCUUAACUAUCAUAUUUUCACUGUUGCAAUGAAUGCUCAACAGCUGCUUUACGUUUUUUUAUACAAAGGUCAUUUUUUGGUAUGAAAAUAGUUGGAGAGAAUAAACUUUUUGUCAAAAAACAACAAGUUUCAAGUGCUCUUUAGGUAUUUUGUAUUAUUGUAAGAGAGAGCAAGUUGCACAAUAUAUCUCGCACGGUUUAAGUGAAUUCCGCCCGCGUGUGCACUGCGCAGUGGAAAAACGUGCUUUUGACUCGUCAUUCAGGCUGAGAGGAGCUCUGCCCUUCGAUGGACGUCUUCAGUGAAGUACAUAAUAUAAUUCCGCCUUCGUAGCCUCGCAAACAGCGGCAUUACGCGGAGCAUUGGACGUCGUGCAUUUUCUGAGUAAAACUGGAUGCUGACUGCCGGAGUAUGUAACAGAAGUGCGACCCUAAACCAGACAACCUGCAGAAAUCCGCAGCCCACACUGCGCAGGCCGGCGUUCAAGGACAAGCGGAAUCCGGGUCGCAAUAUUGAUGCCGUCCUGGCGGAUAGCAGCGUGACCGUAAUUAUACGCCGGUUAUGAUGAGCCGUUAAUUAACCCAUGAUAACACUGAUGAAGAUGGGGAUGUAUACAGUACUGUAUAGCCUGGAAAAACGCUUUCACUGUUCGGAGUAGGUGAGGUCUCAAUUAAUAGCUGCGAUUUCGUUGAAUGCACCAAUUCCCCCGCCUGCAUCUGAGAUACAAAAUGCGAUGUUCAACACUUUGUUACAAACCGGCAUCCGCGGGAGUCGAACCGUUUCGAUAAUCCGGAUUAUCCGGCAAAUAUAUGCCGAUGAUAAGUGGAUGGCAGGUUGUUCAGUGAGACGUUGAAGAAUUGGAACAGCGCGUUUGUUUUAUGUACAGAACCGUUGAAGGUGGCUUGGUAAUUCUGAUUAAAAGCGCUUAAGAAAGCACUUAUCCACAAGCCUUAUGAACACGUACAGAUACGGCAGUAUUGGACUUCUUUUAAAAAUAUUCCAAACGGGGAGGUGAGAAACACCAACAUGCGGCAUUUAUACGAAAACGGUGAACGCUCUGUUUACGCAUGGAAUGCGGUAGACGUUGAAGUGGACGGACUGCUGCAGCACGGCCAUGUAAUUGACAUACAAGACGCUGAUGGCAGAGAACCGCAGUUGAUUGUUAAUUUUGGAAGCCCAGCACACGAGUCAGUAUUGGUGAAAUACGGAAAAGUCUUCGACUGCUCCAGCAGGAGUGCAGACGAGAGAUCGACCUAUGGCCGACCAAGCCAGAACGUCCAACGUCCGAAAAAGCGCCAACACACCGGCAAUGGCACGCUCUUGGACUGCUUUAUGUUGGAUUGUGCACCUGCUGUACAAGCAUUACUCUGCGAGCGUUCCGAUCAACCGUGGAGAUGGUUUCCGGCAAAACUCCUUCUGGUCCGCGUGGAAGCCUUGAAAAACUUUGCUCUAGUGGACAUAACGUUGGCUGGUCAACCCAUUCGUGAGCUGCUACCCUACUCGCAGAUCCGCCAACCGCCUUCGGCAGAGGAUCUUCGUCGCAGAAGGCUUCAACCAGGGGACUUUUUUAUAACACUUAACAGUUUAGACGACCGGUACCUGACGGCGGAACCAUCGAGAAUCGCGUUACCCUCCCGUCAAGAAGGGCAACAGGAGUGCCGAUUGGUCGCGUAUCUUCGCUACAAGAAACGACGGCGUGGUAUGCCGGCGCUGAACGACAAAUCUGUCUAUUGCGAUGCGGGACUUGAUAACCUCAACCAGGACUUUCAGGACGAUUUUGACUGCGGUAUGUAUACCGACCGCGAGCACGGUUUGUUCCUGCCAGUAGUACUUUUGAUGGAAGUCUUCCAGUCACUGGACGUCAUCUAUCGGCAGCGAUGCAGACGCACCUGUCGAUUAUGGGAGGAUAUUCUUAGUUCUCCACAACUUCUUCAGGUGUUUUGUGUAGCGCUCCCGAUGCCCGGCAGUCCGUCAACCGCGGAUUACCGGAUGGACACUUAUGUUACGUGCAAUUGUAUUGUGAAGCAGAUUACUCCAGCUGUCCGAGCAGUAUGCCUGCGCGAUCACAGAUAUGAUCACCGUGAUUUUGAGGGAUUGUUUGAUAGCCUAACACCAGCCGGUCAGGCGAUCAAGUUCACCCAGCAGAUUCUUGAGAGUAGCGAUUUCCACAUCCAGCGUUUAGUACUGCACCAGCACACGACGCCGAUGUUGAACCAGGAGUACAAUUUAGAAGAAUACCUGGACGACCUGGCCCAGCUGUAUUCUGGUUUGGAGUCGUGCUGUGACUGUAUUGUGUGGAAGGACUGCCAGCUGCUUUUAACAGAAGACAUUAGCUUUAAAUUUCCCAUUGUUGUUAUCCGUUUAGAUACGGUUAAUGCUGAACUUCUCUGGGAUUUAUUUGAGGGGCAUCUGGAUUGCGGCGACCUGUCUGGUUUGGAUAGCGCAGUACAGUGGACAGCGAAAAAUGUUAACAUCAAAUCCCAGGAUGGCUGCUGCCGGCUGCUCAAGAUUCUGCAAGCAUUUAAAUUCGGUGAUCCACGUUCCUCGGUGUACGGUGCCGCUAGGAGCUGGUUAGUGGACAAUAAUGUUGGCAUCUCAUCGUCAGAAGUGAAAGAAUUGAGAAAAAUCUGUUUGGACAAAUUAUGGCGGUAUAUCAUGGGCGAUACCUACGAUACGGACACAUCAGAAGACAGUGAAGACAGUCUACACUCCGGGAAACUCUCACUUGAAGGCCAUGUUUCAUCCGGAUCGGAGGAAACCUCAGAGGAUGAGCCAAGACCCAUGUUGAGAUGAACAAUGUAACAAAAGCGUACAGCUUUGCUGUUUAUCCAAACUUUGAUGAGGGUAUCAGAUAGCUAAUUCAGGUUUUUAUUGGUAGCGAAUUAUUCGCUGCAGCAGUGACGGAGUGUGUGCGUAAAUCCAGUUAUAGAAGAGGUGGAAUAAAAU